GCGCUCAGUCGUUCAAUGAUAUUAGUCCUUUACCUGAUUACUUUUACCAUUCAGAAAAACAUUUUCCGGUCAUUAAAAAACCGAUUUAUUUGUUAAUUCACCAAAAAUGUUAUCCUUGAACAGGAUUGUAAAAUGUAUCUUGUCAAAUUCAAGAACAUUCCAGACGUCUGCGGUCGUCAAACAUGACACUAUGUUUAAUCAUAGAGAUACAAAGGAGGAUAAUCUGGAUAUCAAAUUUGAGUUUAGCGAUGAAAACAAAAAGAGAAUUGAAGCCAUAUUAGCUAUUUAUCCAGAAGGUCAUAAGAGAGCAGCCAUGAUACCACUGUUGGAUUUAGCUCAAAGACAGCAUGGUUGGUUACCUAUUUCAGCUAUGCACAAGGUGGCUGAUGUAUUAGACUUACCUAAAAUGAGGGUUUAUGAAGUCGCUACAUUUUACACAAUGUUUAUGCGAAAGCCAACUGGCAAGUAUCACUUGCAGGUAUGCACAACAACUCCUUGCUGGUUGCGGGGCUCAGAUGACGUUAUGUCAUGUUUAAAGAAAAAAUUAAAUAUUGGUGUUGGAGAAACCAGCAAAGAUGGCCAAUGGACUUUGUCUGAAGUAGAAUGUUUGGGUGCAUGCGUUAAUGCUCCAAUGAUGCAAGUCAAUGAUGAUUAUUAUGAAGAUUUGACUACAAAAGAUGUGGAAUCUAUAAUUGACGACCUAAAGAAUGGAAAAAUUCCUACUCCGGGACCCAGAUCUAGUCGUUAUGCAUCAGAGCCAAUGGAUGGAUUAACAUCAUUGAAAGAAGAACCCUAUGGCCCUGGAUUUAAAGUACGAUCAGAUUUAUAAGUUACAACAUUCUAGUAGGAUCACAAUUUGUUUUGAAACUUAUCGCAAAACAUGAUUAUAUAACAUUAGUAUUUUUUUUUUUUUUUUGCUUUACAUGUUAAACAAUUUGAAAAAAGAAGAUAUUAUUAUGUCUGUAAAAAAAAUUAUAUGAUUAUUUAAUAUACAACUGUAAAAUUAAA